CUCGACUUGGCUCGGAAGCACGGGAUGUCGGAUGACAAGGUUGAGGCUCUUCGUGUCUCCUUUGACAAACUCGUCCCCUGCAUAGAGAAGCUUGUCGUCGUCACAGGAGACCUCGCUGAACAGCACCCCAUCCUGCUUGAUACGCUGCUAUUUUCUGCUACCGCGAUGCUCAUCCCUGAGUCCUGGAUUCUGCGCCCGCUGCUCAGCCUCUUCGGCUUUGGUCCGUUUGGGCCCGUGAAAGGAUCUUCGGCAGCAUGGGCCCAGCGCACCUUCUGGGGUGCAGCCGUCAAGAAGAACAGCUGGUUCUCUGCAUUGCAGCGAGCCGGCAUGAAAGGGACUGUUCCUCGCAAGAUCAUUGGAGGUAUUGGUGCUGGGUUAGGAUUUGGGUCUGGGGUAUUGUGUUAACGAGGGUCGACGACCCACCAAUGGCUGCUCUUUUGUCGCACGUGCCAUCGUCUCUGUACAACUCGUCAUUAUUGUAAUUUAGCAUUUUAGGACGCC